UUGGCUUAAACAUAUUUAUUUACUUACUCUGAAUAGAAUAUUUAAUUUAGUGAAUAAACAGACUGUGAUACUAUAAAUUUUCGUGUUUUAGAUAUUUUUUAUAUACAAUCAUUAUAGGUAUAUAUGAAUUUUAUAGAAACUCUAAGAAAGCAAAUUUGUAGUUACAUCGUAUUUACUUCUACUUUAUUGGAAUACUAAAGUGACUUAUUAGUCUACUGCCCACUGUAAUUAACCAGUUAAGAAAUGCGUGACGUAUAAUGACGAUGGAAAAUAAUUUAAAUGAUCCAGGUGCUCGAGUGUAUACGUUCGUAGAUGAGAAAAACGAGGGAUCUAGUGACAAUUGGUGGGAGAAAUUAUGUUUACGAUGUCACCAAGAAGACCCAACACCGUCCUGGCAACCGUCUUGGUGGACAAAAUUAUUCCCUUUUCCUUUCUUCUCUACAUACAGACAGACGGCACAGCAGCUUUGCAUCAUUAUGUUCUUUCUACUAACCUGGGGCAUCCUGUACGCAGAGUUAGGAGAAUCUGUGGGCUUAAAUGGCGAGCUCCUUAGCAUGACCUUUUUAGUCAUAGCGGCGUACUUAAUUGGAUGGCUGUGGUUAAAAAUCACUACGUUACCGGCACUUAUAGGCAUGUUGGUGACAGGAAUUUUAUUCCAAAACUUAAAUAUAAUACACAUGACCGACACUUAUAGGAAGCUGAACCAAGAUUUGAGGAAAGUAGCCUUAGUUAUUAUUUUAACUCGAGCAGGACUAGGCUUGGAUGCUGCAAUUUUAAGAAAGCACUAUGUAGCAGUCUUACAAUUAGGUUUAUUGCCGUGGCUGGUCGAAUGCGUUGCCAUUAGUGUUACUUCGCAUUACUUAUUGGGAUUGCCUUGGAUAUGGGGUUUCCUCUUGGGGUCAAUGAUAGCUUCAGUAUCUCCAGCUGUAGUUGUCCCCUGUCUCUUCAGGUUGAGAGACGUGGGCUAUGGUGUUUCUAAAGGAAUACCAACAUUGCUUCUGGCUGCUGCAGCCAUAGAUGAUUCCAUCAGUGUUGCAGUUUUCGCUAUAAUUUUGAAUGCUAUGUUCUCUCCGGGUUCGGUGACUUUCAAUAUUGUAAAGGGACCACUAUCAAUAAUCGUUGGCGUAUUGUUUGGAUCACUAUGGGGUGCCAUGCUUGCUAUAAUACCAGAGAAGGGCGAUAUAUAUAUGGUGCCUUUGAGAUUUUUAGCAUUAUUUUUAGGAGGACUGUUCGCUUUGUUCAUAUCAAGUCUAAUCGGAUGGAGUGGAGCAGGACCACUUGCCAUAGUUUCAUCAGGAUUCGUUGCAGCCUAUUUCUGGGAGAAACAAGGAUGGGUCGUCAAUAAGAAUCCAGUUAGCAACAUAUUCAGAAUAUUAUGGAUAUUUUUUGAGCCUAUUCUCUUUGCUUUCACUGGUGCACAGAUUACGAUUAGUGCCUUGGACCCUGAAGUUAUUAAAAUGGGAGCGAUAUGCCUUAUUUCGUGUUUAUUGCUUCGAGUUAUAGCGACUUUCCUGGUUAGUUUCGGAUGUGGGCUAAAUAAAAAAGAAAAACUGUUCAUCGGUGUAACUUGGCUUGCUAAGGCUACUGUACAGGCCGCCUUAGGUCCCGCUGCAUUAGACCUUGUAAAUAGCGGCCAAACAUCUGGUCUUCCACCAUCAGAAGAAGAACAACAUUCUAAAGCACUUCUUGCUGUGAGCGUACUCAGUGUAAUAAUAUCAGCUCCUUUAGGUGCGAUCCUCAUUGCCAUAACUGGGCCAAAAUUGUUAUCAAAAGGUGACGAUUCUAAAAAUAACGACGACAUCGAAGUUACGCAAAGGAUAGACACCCAAUUAUAAUCUCGCCUCUUUUUCUAGUCUUAAUUGUUAAUUAAUUGAACCACCUCGUUAAAAAUAAUGUCACCUUCUACAACUUGAAGAAUGUGAUAUUUACCCCUGACCAAUAUGGGUAGAUUUUUUUUUAUAUUAUCGUAAAGAAUUAUGUCAAAAGUUAUUUUUUAGUUUAUUGAUAUCAAAUAUGGAACAAACAAAAACAGGAAUUGAAGAGUUAUAAGUAUCGUAUAUUCUGGCCCAAUUAAGGGUUGACUUUGGGAACAAAAAAAUCUUGAAUUAAAGUCACUAUUGAAAUAGAAGACUGCAGACAUUAGACAAUGUAGUAGAUGAUACAAAUUAAUAGAUACUUAAAUUAAUGAUUUAUGUUACUAAGUAAUAAUAAUGAAAUCUUCUAAAAUUCGUACUUACAUAAAAAAUGUAAUUAUCGAUACUUACUUUAUAUCGAAUAACGAUCUGAUUUACUUACUGUAUGAACUUGUACUUAAUACCCGAAGGUAAUAUUUGUCAAAGGACCAAGUCAAAAUAUUUUUGUCAAAUUAAAAACAAAAAGGAAAGCAACUGUGUACUUAUAUGUAUGUAAAGCACCAUUAGGGAAUUUAGAUCUGGAACUAUUUUCAUACAAAUGAGAUCUUACAAUGUAUUACUAUACCGUUGUGUGUACUUAAAUAAAAUUAAGGAUAUUAAUUAUUCAGACCCGGACAUAGCUAUACAUACUAUACUAGCCCUAGAUAUUAUACUAUCCCUAACAAAACAAAUCUUGUGUAAGACUACAUAAAAUAUUUAUAUUUUUUUGUAUAAAUACUUAUAUUUUGUAAAUAAUACAUUAUAUAAAUCCGAAUAUUACUAAUUAUGAUACUUAUAUAGAAAAAUGUUUAUAUUAUACAGGUAUGUGCCUUACAAAGCCAACCUUCAGAAUGAUCGUUGAAAUUUUAAUAAAAUGUAUAAAAUCUUAUGUAUUUUCGAUUAGGUAAUAUUAAAUCUUAUAUUACAUUUAUAUACUUAAAACAUUUAUUGUGUAGAACAG